AUGUCUCAACCGCAUGGGCUUCCGGCAGACGAUGCUGCCUGGGACACGGCAUCAGGUGUUUUCCUACGAAACAUCCCUGCCAAGUGCACGCACAUGGCUUUGACGAAGUUCCUGCAUGGUCUUGACCUGGAUGGCUUCAAAGCAGUGGUGGCUCGCCAUCCGAACGGAAAGAGCCGUGGCUAUGCACACAUCAGCUUUGCUGCGGGCAUCGAUGCACGCUCCUUCGUGGCAGCCGUUUCUGGGAAACAGGUGCCAGGCUUCAACAAGGUCGAUGCCCUCUGUUGCGAGCCGAUCACCGGUGUUGUCUCAGGCCUGUCCAGGCGUGUGCGCAACGACAACGCGGACUUCCCCAUUCCGACACCUGCCGAGGUGCCGAUAACGCAGGAAGUGGCAGGAUGGUGUCAAGCCAAAAGAUGGAGUGGUGUCAGAAAGAAUCGCAGGACACCAAAGUCGGAUCAGGAGGCUCAGCAGGCGGAGGAUGAUCCUCACGAUGCCAAAGUCUAUGGAUGGCAGUGUCAGGACGGCCCACUCACGAGGCCGGCUUUACCCUCAAGGAUAGCCUAG